AUUUAUAUUCAAAUGAUCGAAACAUCGAACUGCAUUGCAUACGUUCGUUGUAAUCAUUUCUGAGAAGAUAUUGCCGGUCGGCAAUAAAUGCCCACGGUAUUCAAAGGGCCAAAGAAGUGCGUGCAGUUUUUGCGAAAUAUUUGAAAUUCCAAAUUUCCCGCGCCGAGUGCGCGGAGGGUAGUGCUCAGUGGCGACAGUCCCGCCGCUCGCGAACUAUUCCAGAACCUGUUUACGGCUGAGCAUUCAAACACCGGAAAGAGGUAUGGUAUGAGCGGGUCCGACGGCUUCGUCGUGGGUGGCCUACGAGCGAACGUAACGUGUGUGUGGUCCGAGCGUUCGUAUGCUGGAUGCGGCUGUUGCGGGCGUAGAAGAUGCAAGACGCUUUGUUCGAACGGACCGGAGAGCUUUCUCCGUGGCAGAAUAUAAUCGGCGUUUGGUCUUGAACAAAGGGCCCAAAGAUGACACUUCUGGUGAUCUGUUGCUUGUUCAUGUUUCACCGAGUGUCGUCGGAAUUGACGCAUGGUUACGCUGGAAAUUCCAACGGUGAAAACACGACAUGGAACAGUCUGGAAUUAAGUCCCAGACACAGGAUCAAGGACUCCAGUUUCCUGCUGGACAGAUAUCCUAUAAGAGAGUUGCCAUCUGAUCCCUUGAACUGCAGAAGACCUGCAAAAUGUGUGGAAUUAGAGAAGAACACAUGUAUGGGUACAAGAUUACCAUAUACCAGAACCACUUUGGAAUUGAUACCCGAGGACAUGACCCAGGAUAUGAUAGAGGAAAGAUUGCAAGUGUUACAAGCAUUAAGGCAUAUACCAAAGUGUUGGGCAGUUGUUCAGCCUCUGUUGUGCUCAAUAUUUAUGCCAAAAUGUACCAAUGAUACGGUAGACUUGCCCUCUCAAGAGAUGUGCAAGAUAGUUUCUGGUCCCUGCAGAAUUGUAUUUAACCAAACAAUCUGGCCAAGUUUCAUCAAAUGUGAUAACACAGAACUGUUCCCAAGAUUAUGCAAAAAUGAUAUUAGAGAGCUAAAGUUUAACAUUUCGGGCAAAUGUUUGAAGCCUCUGGUCCCGACUGAUAAUGCACUCGCCAUUUUUGAAGGAGUUGAAAGUUGUGGAACACAAUGUAAUGACCCCUUGUUUACACCCGAUGAGCACAAGCAGAUACAUUCUUUCAUUGCUUGGGCUGCAGGGAUAUGUGGUUCUUUCAACCUGUUCACAGUUAUAACGUUUUUGAUUGAUUGGAGGAGUGCAAACAAGUAUCCUGCCUUAGUUAUAUUCUAUAUAAAUUGUUGUUUUAUGAUAUCCUGUGUUGGUUGGCUCGCUCAAUUUAUGAAUGCGAGCAGAGAAGUGAUAGUAUGCCGGAAAGAUGGAACAUUGAGAAUGAGUGAGCCCAGUGGGGAAAACUUACUAUGUGUUGUAGUAUUUGUCUUGGUCUAUUAUUCUCUUAUGGCAGCUAUGGUAUGGUUUGUGAUUCUGACAUAUGCUUGGCACAUGAGUUUCCAAGCACUAGGCAAAAUUCAAGAUAGGAUCGACAAGAAGGGCGCAUAUUUUCAUUUAAUAGCUUGGUGUUUGCCACUCGUAUUAACUGUAACUAUCAUGGCAUUAGGAGAAAUAGAUGGAAACAGCGUAACUGGUAUAUGUUUCGUCGGUUACGCUAACCACACGAUUAGAGCCUGGUUUCUACUUGGUCCUGUGCUAAUAGUUUUAUUAGCUGGAGGAUAUUUCUUAUCGAGAGGACUGAUUACUUUGAUACGAUUGAAGAUAACCAGCCAAGAAAUCAUAUCCGAAAGGGCAAGCGCUAAAAUACGUGAGACCAUCGUGCGUAUGGGUCUGUUUUCAAUUUUCACAUUCGCUGCAGUCGUGGUAACAUUUUAUUGUCACAUUUACGAGUUCCAACAUUCGUGGCAGUGGCGUCAAAGCUUUAGAAACUAUAUGAUAUGUGCAAUAACGACGAAAUACUUAGACAUUUCUGAAUGCAAAAUGGAGAUCCGUCCGAGUGCAGCUAAAAUGCAGCUGCACUUACUCUUACCAUUUUUCUCUGGUAUUCUUAUGUCUUCGUGGGUCUGGACGAGUUCAACCGUGGACACGUGGACCAGAUUUCUCAGACGAACUUUCAAUUGUGAGACUGAAGAGCCGAUCAGACUGAAGAAACACAAGAUAAUCGCACAAGCCUUCGCGAAAAGGAAAACUUUCAACAAUGCCGGUCGCUUGUCCAUCAGCUUCCAUAAUACUCACGAGGACCCGGUCGGCCUGAAUUUCGAUCUGAACUCCGUAGCUUCUCAAGACUUUAGCUCGACAUGGGCUGCUGCUUUACCGAAAUUAGUUACACGUAGAUGCGCCCUAGUCGAUGGAAAAGGCUCGGUGUCCAGUAAUCGCAGGAACUCUGUAGAUUCUGAGAUCAGUUUCAGCGUACGCCGCGUCUCUGUGGAAUCUAGAAGAAACUCCUUGGAUUCGCAGAUAUCCGUGCAAAUAGCAGAACUGAAGACAACGCGCAAAGUUGCUAGUACUUCUCGAGGACGACGAGGGAAGCGCCGCCGAGACUUCAGGAAAUCGAGAUCUGGCAAAGUGGGCCCACUGUUUAGAAGAGGGAGUACCACGUCGCAAGAGAGUCAACUUGGCGCGCAAAUAUUAUCAGCUUUGACCAUAGGCGGUGACUCGAGAGUACCUGCGAUUCAAGUGCCAAACAUGAAGAGACGUUCGGCGAUAACCGGCCUGGAUGAAAGGGCGCUGAACCCUAAACUAUUCGACGGAAAGAACGUGAACACGCUGCUGCCAUUCUUAUUCCCAGGACAUAGCAACAGCGAAGAGAUCAGCAGCGAGAAGCAACAUCAAGGUGUCAUAGGAAAGGACAUGGACAUCGAAGGAGGCAACAUUGAGAAAGAUGAUCAGGAAGAUCAAGAUAGCGAGACUGACGAUAGUCAGGCGGAAGAGGAGACGAAGAUGUUGGAGCCCGAGGAGCCACACGAACGUAGCAAAAGUAAAACUAGCAAUAAAAGUUCAAAGAGCUACGAAAGUAUUAGAAGAAGCAGGGAAGGUCGCAGGAGUAAAUAUUUUCUUCAAGAUGAGACCAUUUUGAAACACCUGUUUCAAGAAUCCAAUGACAUUAAAUUGAAGAAUGAAAGUGAUAUAAUAGAGGCGUAUAAGAAGGCAGGAAUGGGAAACCUGGCAUCCAGCUUAAACUCAUGUUGUCCCGAGUUGACAAGACUCAAGCCGGAUGUUCAGACUGCCAAUGCUCGGGAAAUGGCAACGCAAACGUCGCUUCCGUUAGAUAUCUUAGAAAUGGAGGAGCUGAAACAAAGCAUAGACGAGAUCAUUAACAGUCGGCAUUGCAGCUCAAAGGGAACGCAGAUCUCACCGCAAUUAGGAAAGAGCAAAAACAUUGCUGUAUAACCGACUUGUUUGAUGUAGUUUAAGGAAGUGACUGCAACUAAGUGGUUGUAUAAACUGUUCCUCUAUUCGAUUAGUAGACUUCUCUGUUAACAUUUUUUUUUACUUAUUUUUACCUGUGGUUACAAUGUUUCCUGGAAAACAAAUCGAAGUUGUACGAUAAUUUAAAUCAGUGCCAAAAUCUCAUGAUAUUCAUAGUAUUAAUUGUUGUUCGCGACUGUAUAUUUAAAAGUGCAAUAGGUAUAAUUUCACUGUGUAAAUAACUCCGACGCAAUGGCACAUUAUUGUUACUUUUAUACGUUUUAUUACCGACAAAUAAGAUCUCGACCUAGUAAUAAAAUAAUGCAGAACUUACGACACCGGAAGUAUAACGUAUCACAACUUUCUUUUCGUUUUUUUUUUUUUUUACACUGAACGAUAUCAAUCUAGCUUUAAUAUUGCUCUGUACAUUACAGUAUUUUACAAUGUGUACAUCCUACAGUACUUAGAUUAUAUACAAAUAUUUUUUACGAA